AUGGAUCCGAGGUUGACCAGGCUAAAGCCUAUAAAUGCGACUGGCCGUCCUACCGACCCAAAGUCCCCAUCGCAAGAUGGACGGACACACUUCACAGCUGAUUCGCCUGGCACUGGAUCAGGCGGAUCCACGCCGCUGCACUCAUACAAUUUUGAUCACAACCCAACCUACGUUUCGUAUGACGAUGCUAACCAAAUGGUGAACGCAUUCCUCAAGUUGGGCAUGAGAUCCGGCGAUGUAAGCCUGUACCGAAAGAAGAAACAACAUCUUAGGGAGGAAUCGAAGACUACGGCCAACGAUUUGAAGCGCGCCGAACAACAGGCCGCUCAAUUCCCUAUCAUUAUCGAACAAGCGCGAAAGGCUCAGACCAGCAUUGACUCGAAGCUCGAACGCACCGAGAAGGCUGUACGUGAUUCCUCUGAGGCUGAAUCUGCCGCUGCACAUGACUUGGUCCGACUGCUCUUCGGUCUUAUCAGUCGCGACAACCCUAAGACAAAGUCCCAGGAUCAGCACGACACUUUGAAAAGAGAUAUUCAAGAAAUGCGAACUGAAUACAGUGCGAAACUUGCUGAACUCGACACUCAAGUAAAAACCCUCACUGCAGCAAAUUCUGGUUAUAAAGCCCAAAUAAUAUCUCUUGAGGAUAAGGUCAGCCAGUUACAAAGCCGGCCAUGA